AUGAAAGUUGAACCAUUAUUAAUUACCCAACUAUUUACAAUAGUUAUUUUAAUAAUAUCUUUAAUUAGUCCAUGGCAAGAAAUUAAAUUUAUUGUUAAAGAAUUAGGAAAAACAACAAUUAAAGAAAUUAAACAUUCAAUUUAUAAUAAACCAUUAUUAUUUCUAAAUAGUGAUGGUAAUAAUAAUAAUACAUCAAAUAUUAAUUCAAGUGAAUAUGAUAGUGAAAUGUUAAUAUUGUUUAUGAUAGUAUUUGUAAUUACAAUAUUGACAAUUUUCAUUUACAUUUUAAUUACAAGAUCAAUCGUUAAUAAAAAGCAUACAUCUUUACCACAAGAAUUAAUAGCACAUACAUUCCCAAUGGUGAUAAUUGUAUUUGUUGUUACUUUAGCAUUCAUUUCCACCAAUUUUGCAGUUAAAAUAUGUAGCGACCAAUUUUAUUAUGCAAAUUCCACAUUAUCAGAAUCACCGUCAUCAUCGUCAAUAAAAUGUUUUGAAUUAAAAAUUUCAAAUAUUGAAUUUAAUUUAUUAAAUAUAAAUACUACCACCACCACCACACCAAACACACACACCAAUAUAAUUGAAUCAACAAUAAGUUCAAAACCAAUUUUCGGAUAUUAUUUAUUAUUUUUAUCUGUAAUUACAAGUGUUAUUUUAUCAAUAGUUCAUAUUAUUAGAUACGAUUCUUUAAAGAAAAAAUAUACAGAAAAUCAUUUCUAUACAAAAUUAAAUAAUUUUGUUUAA